AUGGCGUCGACGGCAUACGACGACAUGUCCAAGGAGGACCGUGAUGCGCAUGAUCUGGCAGAGGCCGCGCGUGAGAAGGAAGAGCAAGCCGCUCUUCCUUAUCAAUGGUCACAAGAUCUUCAGGUGGUCUCCGUCGCGGUGCCAUUGCCGAAAGGUACCCGCGCGAAAGAUCUCAACGUCGUUAUGCAGCGGCGCAAAUUAAAGGUUCAGCUGAAGUCAUCGGCAGAUCCAAUCAUGGAUGGUGACCUCUUCAAUGACAUCGCUGUUGACGAUUCGUCUUGGACUGUCCAGGAUGAUGUACUGAAUAUCGAGCUGGAAAAGCUUUCCGCACACAUCAAGUCACAUCAAUGGUGGCCACAUGUGUUGACAAACGCUCCUAAGAUCAAUACUCAGAAGAUUCAGCCUGAAAACUCCAAGCUGUCAGAGCUGGACGGAGAAACCAGGGGGAUGGUGGAGAAGAUGAUGUAUGAUAACAAUCAGAAAAUGAUGGGCAAGCCGACAUCUGAAGAGCAAAAGAAGCUGGAUAUGAUGGAGAAGUUCAAGGCUGCGCACCCCGAGAUGGACUUUUCCAAUGCCAAGAUCAAUUGA